UGGAAUUCUCCUAUCGAAAGAGUAUAAUCAGGAGCCUUGGUAUAGGGGCCCGUAAUCACCAUCUACGCAAACACCAUUGCAUCUGCAAUUAUGGACGCAAAUCGUCGGAUCACCGGCUCUCCGACUGACCUCCUCCUCACCGCUCCUAUAGAUGUCGAGAAAUACGAGGCUCUCUAUAAGCACUUUCAUGAGCAUCCCGAGCUCUCGAAUCUUGAAGAAAAAACUGCCAAAACGGUUGCAGGCGAACUCUCGCGUCUCCAGGCUUUUACCAUCACCACUAACAUUGGCGGCCACGGUGUUGUCGGCGUGCUAAAAAAUGGCCCUGGGAAAACUAUCCUUCUACGCGCCGACAUGGACGCCCUCCCAAUCGCGGAAGCAACCGGCCUUCCGUACGCCAGCAAAGUAAAUAUGCCUGACGUUGAGGGUGUCUUGCGGCCGGUGAUGCACGCGUGCGGGCAUGAUAUGCAUAUGACAUGUCUCCUUGCCGCAGCAGAAAGGCUGGUUAAGCUUAAGGAACAGUGGAGCGGCACGUUAAUAGUUCUCUUCCAACCUGCCGAGGAGCGUGGAAGCGGCGCGAAGGCAAUGGUAGAUGAUGGUCUGUAUGAUAGGCACAAGAUCCCCGUACCUGACUUUGUGCUCGGGCAACAUGUGAUGGCGAUGCGGGCAGGGAGUGUGGGGUCGAGGAUGGGGACCAUUAUGGCGGGGGCGGAUAGUAUGAAAAUUACGAUGUUUGGGAUUGGUGGGCAUGGGUCGCAGCCGCAUCGGACUAUUGACCCUGCUGUCAUGGCUGCUCACGUUGUAGUACGUCUGCAGACCAUCACCAGUAGAGAGAUUAAUCCAAGCGAUAUUGCCGUUCUCACAGUUGGGAGUUUGCAAGCCGGCCAUACCGAGAACGUCAUCGCCGACUCUGCGGAAAUCGGCAUCGAUAUACGCAGUGUGAGCCCUCAAACGCGCGAGCAGCUUCUGACAUCAAUCCGGAGGAUCGUCAAGGCCGAGUGCGAAGCAAGCGGUUCGACGAUCGCGCCUGUUUUCAGAAUGACUCGGCACCUGCCAAACACGGUGAAUGAUGAGUCGAUGAUUAAAAUGCUAGGAAAGGGCUUCAGUGAGCAUUUUGGGGAGAACUUUGAUGCUAAUAUACCGACUACGACCAUUGCAGAGGAUUUUUCGGUGCUCGCAACAUCGCAGGGCCGUCCGUGUGCGUUCUGGCAUUGGGGAGGAGUAGAGGAGGAACUAUGGGAUCAGAGGUUAAAGGAAGGAAGAAUUGAUGAUAUUCCCGCUAAUCACACGGCGAGAUUCGCACCGGCGAUACACCCUACGAUGCAAACUGGUAUUGAUGCUCUCUGUGUUGCUGCUCUUGCCUUCUUAGACAAGAAGUCUCAGGACAGUCCAUAGAACCCAGCCAUGCGCAAAUAUAAUAUUUGUGUGGAUUUGAACGCUUGUAUAGGUAUUUUGUUCGGUGCCUAUUCCUCACUACUAAUAUACAGGUAAUAUUUUGAGUUUGAUGCUCUAACCUAGGUGCCAGCGUACUUUCCACCGCAUCUCUCCCACGCCUCUAAAAGUCGUCGCAAAUCAAUUUCAUGCC